GCAGCGUUCCUGUCGGGUUGGACGUCGGACGUCGCUGUCCCUUCGUCGCUAAAUCAGUCUCGGACGUCCCGUCCGUCGCGUGCUCCAACGUCUGUCCCUUCGCAUUCAUUUCGCCCGCUCUGUUUUGUGUUGUGUCCCUUCGCGUCACUCAUCAAAAGUGUCAAUUUUGACCCACAAGUGGUUUUUUAUUUAUAAUGUUGAUUCGCGCCUUUGUUUCGAUUGAAAGCUGACCGACUGCAACGCUGUCAUCAUGGAUACGAGACUAAAUGGCGCCGUUCCUCCUGGACUGGAGCUACGACUGGAUGCCGACAGUAGUAUCCGGACGAACUCGACGGAUUCCCGUGAAAAUUCCCAAUGUGCCUCUGCACCUUCUCACACGAGCGCCAGAGAAUGCUCCUCAUCUUGGCCGUCCUCCUGGAUCCGCCAGGCCAGUCUCAAACUUUUUAAGUUCUAUAUUUUUGGCAAACACUCCGCUAAACGACUCUUCAUAAUUUUUUGGUAUGAACUCUCGAUGGAUCCUAGAGUUAGGCUGAGCCCUUGGUCACCGCCUGUAAAAAAUGAAGUAAAAUUAUCCUGGGACGAAGUUUUUCUAACCCGGCAGCGCCGAAUUUUCUUCAUAUUUAAUCAUUGUGUAUCUUUGCUUGGCAUCUAUUACUGUCUCACCGGCCAAGUCAAGAUCGCCACUGUGAUAUGGGCGGCGUUAUUGGGGAGCCUGUCCCUGAUAGCAGUGACGGCAGGGGCGCACCGACUAUGGUCCCACCGGGCGUACAAGGCGAGGUGGCCGCUGCGGUUGACGAUGGCCGUGUUCCAGACGGUGGCCGUCCAGUACAGCGUGCUCAACUGGGUGCGCGACCACCGGGUGCACCACAAGUUCGUCGACACCGACGCCGACCCGCACAACUCCCGCCGCGGCUUCUUCUUCUCGCACAUCGGCUGGGUCCUCGUCCUCCCCCACCCCGCCGUCCAGGAGAAGAAGAGCCGCAUCGACACCCGAGACGUGGAGUCUGACUGGGUCGUCUCUGCACAGUACAAAUAUUACCUACCCUUAAGUGUACUCCUUGGCUACAUAGUGCCAACACUUGUGCCAUGGUACUUCUGGAGCGAGGGCCUCUGGACAUCACAUAUAGUCGCUGCUCAACUCCGACAUGUCUUGACGUCACACGGCACGUUUCUCAUCAACAGCGCGGCCCACAUGUGGGGCACCCGACCCUAUGAUAAGAACAUCAACCCCACGGAAAACAUGCUGGUAUCGGUGGCGUCGAUGGGCGAGGGGUGGCACAACUACCACCAUACGUUCCCGUGGGACUACAAGAACGCCGAGCUGUGGGACUACAAGGUGAACUUGGCGACGGCCUGGGUGGACUUGUUCGCUUGGCUCGGUCAGGUCUACGAGCGAAAGACGGUGAACCCGGAGAUGGUGGCCAAGCGAGCGAGAAGAACCGGGGACGGAACCCACCCCCAUCACCACCACGGACCCGGCGUUUGGGGUUGGAACGACGAUGACGUCCCGCAGGAAGACAGGGCCAUCACCAGGAUCAUCGACAAUAAAGCAGCGUAGUGGAACACGGAAAAAAUUAUAUCGCUGAUUUAACAAUUUUGCAGAUGAAAAAAGUGUCUGACAUGCUUCAAUGUAGAUUUCACAAUGAAAAUAUGCCAAUUUAACCACCCCCGUGACUGCAUUAGCUUUCCACUAUUCUUCCGUGCUAAGGAAGAACGCCGUAUAA